GUCAAAGUCAAAGUUUAACUCGGUGUAUCGGCCUUCCCCCGCCUUCUGACGUGCCAUCUAAAAGGGUCGCACCUCUGGGAACACCAAGUUGGAUCUAUUUCGUAACUGUGGUGUAGCAGGGCUGACUGCCGUCCCGUAUCCAUACACGUUUCACGAGCUUCUCGCCGCCCCGCCGUUCGCCUGACCCGACCACCAUGGGUGAUUCAGCAUACCAAGACUACAUUCCGGUCGGAUGCCUCCUCAUCCAGCGGGACGAAAGCAAUGUCCCUAGUGGACUAUGGCCGAUAUCUGAUCUUAAACGGUGGCAGCCUGUUCCUGGUGAUUUGGGUCCUGAUCCUGAACCACUCCAACAGCAGCCUGGUUUCGCGCCAGCAAUUGGGCAGUUCCUACUCACAUCCGACACCGUUUCUCCAUAUGUCCAGCUCUUGCGGAAGCGGUGGGUCCAGUUCAGCUUCAGCGUCAGCCUUGACGAUCCGGAGGAAGGCAUUCUCAGAAUCUACCUCUUGCCGGACGAUGUUGGGAGGCGCUCCAUCGACCGCGAAGACCCCGUGCUCCGGAGAGCCAGGCGGAGCUUACUGUCUCAGCUUGAUUUCUCCAAGAGCACUUGGCAUGGAGAAGCCGGAAUUGGCCCUUCUUCGAAACCCGUGCCUUUCCACGGCGGCCCAGAGAUCAAUGAUGAUCAAUCUCUGCUUCAGAUGUUCAAUAACAUACCCUCACCCGAUCCACAGCCGAGGCUAAUCCGCGAUGCGACAGCCAGAGCGUUUGCUUAUAACUUGAUCGAUAGCGACGUGCCCGGCUUGAAGACCACGCUCUAUCCGUAUCAGCGACGAUCAGCGGCCCUGAUGCUCCAGAAGGAAGUCCAACCCGAGCAAGUUCUUGACCCUCGCCUAGUGAAAGUUGUCGACCAGAGCGGCAACCCGUGGUACUACGAUGCCAUCGACGGGAUCGGACUCGUGGAGCCCCGGUAUUACGACGGGGUCUGUGGCGGCAUUUUGGCUGAGGAGAUGGGAUCAGGGAAGACGCUGAUCUGUCUAGCUCUGAUCCUUGCGACAAAGCACCAGACCUCGCAGGCUCCAGACAUCCACAGAGGGAAUUCCGUGAUGAACAGACCAAAAACUGGGUCACUGGCGGACAUGGCCGCUGCUUGUAUCACCAGGAACGCCGUGCCGUGGAAGCUGUGGUUUGGCACCGAUGAUGAGGAUGGCACCGAGUACGCCAAAUGCGUCGAGGCCAUCCAGAGAAACCCCGGUCACUAUUUCCUGCCGCAACCUUGGCGGCGGCGAAAGAACAUUCGCCAGCCGUCGGCGCCACGAACAUCAAUCAAGGUCUCUCUCAGCUAUGCCACACUCGUCGUCGUACCCCCCAACCUUGUCCAGCAGUGGAAACAGGAGAUCUCGAAGCACACAAUUGGCUUGAAGGUGCUUGUCUGUGUUAGGAAGCAGGAGUUGCCGCCGGUACAUGAGUUGUUGGAGUACGAUAUCCUUCUCUUUUCUAGCACUCGUUUCGAGAGACUAUGGCUCGAUGUGACUACUGAUCGCGACGGCGCCUAUCUCCCCGAAUCGCCAUUGGCCCAGAUCCACUUCAAACGCUGUAUCGUUGACGAAGGUCACAAGCUCGGGAACUCGACGGCAAGCAACAAGAGUAACCUGCACCUCAUGCUCGACAGCUUACAAAUCUCGGCCCGUUGGAUUGUGACUGGAACACCAUCGAAGGGCCUCUUCGGGGUCGACCAGAGCCCCGCCAGUUCAGUGCCCAGCACGCCCGACGAGGCGGGCCGAAGCCAAAGACUAGGCAAAUCAUCGAACGAGCAAGAAAGGGACGAUCUGAGGCGGAUCGGUUCGAUCGCAGCGCUCUAUCUAAAGGCGCGGCCGUGGGCAAACACGAUGACAGAAGUCGGCGACACGCUCGCAGAUUGGUCGGUCUAUGUCAUGCAGCCAAAGCAUUCCCCGCGCAGCAGCGGACGGAAGGAUUGCCUCAAAGCAACAUUGAAAUCGCUGAUCAUCCGACAUCGCGUCUCGGAAGUUGCUCAACUCCUUCCCGUUGUGAACGAGAGGGUAGUCUACCUCGAUGGCUCCUAUCAAGAUAAAUUAUCCCUUAACCUGUUCUCCAUGGUCAUCAUAUCCAACGCCGUGCAGUCACAACGGACAGAUCAAGAUUACUUGUUCCACGCUCGUCAGAGGAAGGCGUUGAUGGAGUUAGUUUCUAACUUACGUGCGGCCAGUUUCUUCGGCGGUUCGUUCUUCUCUCCGGACGCCAUCCGCACGAUUGUGGGAACGGCGGAAAGGUUCCUGGACGACGGCAAGGUCCAGAUACCCGCCGAGGACCAUGCUAUGCUUCGUGAAGCGAUCUCGUUCGGCCAUAUCGCCGCCAAGAACAGUCUCAAGACCCACGCCCACAUGCUCCAUGAGGUACCCAUAUACGUUGAGAACUUCCCCUUUGGCCUGGGCCAUGCUUGGUCCCUUGAUCGAACGAUGGACGGCCCUGUACACAUGGACUCUCGGAUGGUUCUUGCUCUUCAGGGAUAUCUGCAGCCAACAGUGGGCGCCCCCACUUCUCUACAGUUGCUGUUCACCACCGGCAAACUCAAGGAGCAGGGGUUUGCGGAGCUGAACAGGGCGCUCGACUUGCAGCUGUUGCUAGAUGGCACCUCCGGCGUACCGCAGCACAAUGGCAACCCGACCGCGACUCUCGCCGGAAACACGCAGGUAGGAGAAGAUAAAAGCAGGCUGGGCAAGCACCGGUCAACAGCAUUGGGCACUCUGGAGAGGAUGGACGAGAUUCCUCUGGCCGAAGGAGAAUGCGAGUCCGAGAUCGCAGCGCCUCUCGCCGAGACCCGGAUCAUCUCCACCGUCUCGGCCAAACUUUCGUAUUUGGUGGAUCAGGUGGUCAAGCAUCAACAGGAGGAGCAGAUCAUCAUCUUCUACGAGAACGACAACGUGGCGUACUACAUUUCAGGCAUGCUAGAAAUUCUACAAAUCCAUCAUCUGAUCUACUCGAAGUCACUCAGCAUCGAGCGGCGAGCACAAUACGUUGCCACGUUCAACCACAACCCGAAGUUUAGGGUCAUGCUCAUGGAGAUCAGCCAGGCUGCGUUCGGGCUGGACAUGCGCUCGGCGUCGCGGAUCUACUUUAUCAACCCGGUCCUGAACCCCCAAGUCGAGGCACAAGCCAUUGGGCGAGCACGACGCAUCAGCCAGAAGAAGCCGGUCACGGUGGAGACCCUGGUCCUCCGGGGGAGCAUGGACGAAGUGAUUGUCCAGCGGCGGCAGGAGAUGACGCAGGCCGAGCAGCGGAAAUGCAGGUCGAUCCUCGACGACAGACCCAUCUAUAACUGGAUCCUGAACGCGAGGAUCAUCCCCCUCCCGGCCGAAGAGCCAGGCGGGCCGGCGCAGACGGCCAUGCUCAAGACGCCCCAGUUCGUCUUUGGACGCGGUUUCGGACGUGGGCUGGCGCACCCGGACGAGGAUCUGGUGGCGGUACCCGUGUCCCCAACGGACGGCAACAAGACCAGUAGCAGCGGGAUCCGGAUUCGCGUGGCGGUUCGGACGGCGGCAGCAGCAAGUGCAACGCCGACGGAGCGGGCUCAGAGCCAAGAGAAGAGGCGACUCCCGUGCGAAUCCGGGCCCGGGCCCGGUUCGACGAGCAAGUCGGAGGUAUCGUUUUCACGGCCUUCCCGACGCGUCCGGUUUGCCGCUGAUGACGACGACGACGACGACGAUGAUGAUGAGGAUGACGACUGA